AUGAUGAUGAAUCUUAAAGCUUUCCUUUGCGCAGCGGCUGCACUGCAAGUGGCCAAUGGUUUCACAGCCGUGGGACCUUCGUCGCCCCUGCGACAAUCGGCUCUUUUCAUGACCACUGAAGAAGCACCCACAAAGGAAAUCAAGGUCGGUGUCAUCGGCUGUGGCCGUAUUGGUCUUGUGCACUUGGAGGCCACCACCAAAGCUCCUGGCGUCACCCCCAUUAUCGUUUCAAACCCCACUGUGUCCAAGGCAGAAGCUGGUAAGAUCGCUCUAGUGGCACAAAGCAUAUUUCGCAAAAUUGGUUUUAGUGAUUCUCAGCAUCUCGCCAUGGAGGUGAUUGAGGAUCCUGAGGUCGACGCCGUCUGGAUUUGCUCCCCUUCUCAGUACCAUGCUGAACAAAUCAAGGCUGCCGCCGCCAACGGGAAACACGUUUUCUGUGAGAAACCUAUUGCCACCGAUUUGGGGGAGACUGUCGAGGCCAUCAAUGCCUGCAAUGAGGCUGGUGUCAAACUCAUGAUUGGUCUUCAGCGAAGAUUCGACCAGAAUUUCAAGCGUGUCCAGGAAGCUGUCCAGAAAAAGGAAGUUGGAGAACCCAUCAUGGUCAAGCUGUGCUCCCGUGAUCCUUCCCCCUCCGUUCAUACAAAAUUCGAUACCGCAUCCUGUCUUGUCCGAUACCCGAACGGUGUCCAAGCCAUGAUUGAUGUGUGCCGUCAGUCCUCUUUCGGAUACGAUCAACGAGCGGAAGUUCUUGGAACACAGGUAAUGAUUCAGACUGACAACGUCUACCCAAACACUGCCAAGAUUUACAAGAACGACUUUACCGGAAACGCCGAUAUGCCCUAUGACUUUUUCCUCUCGCGAUACAACGAGGCCUAUGUUACUGAAACCAUUGCAUUCUGUGAAUCUUUGGUGAACGACACACCCGUUCCAUGCACAGGAGAAGAUGGCUUGGUGGCAUUGAUCAUGGCAUUGGCUGCUGACAAAUCUGCCGAGGAAAACAGAUGGGUGUCUUUCCGUGAAAUUGUGGAGCAAGUGUACUGCGCUAGUCCUACUGAAUGCGAACUUCUUGCCACCAGUGAGGUUUUCCCUGAUGGAUUCAAGCCUACUGGCAAAGCUGCAGACUUGCUUCUGCCCCGCGAAGACCAGCAAAAAGGUGAGGGCGCAGGUUCACUCCAGAGGUGGUGGUCCAACAUGGUGAAGAGCGAUUAA